CCAUCAGCUGCCUGCCUGCUGCAGAGAUGGUGCAAGCAACUCCCUUUCUCCUCAUGCUCUUCCUGGCCCUAGGGGCUCACGGUCUCCAGGCUACACAGCAGUGUAAGCUGACUGGGCAAUGGCAGAAUGACCUGGGCUCCAACAUGACCAUUUAUGAAAUAGUGAUAAUUCCUGUGGAUCUAGACAAAUACUCCAUUACUGUUUUCACGGGCCAGUGCUUUGUGGAUAAGGAUGGAAAGGAAGUUUUGAAGACCAUGUGGCUGCUGAGAUUACACUCAGAGGAUCUUGCAAACGACUGGAAAUCCACCUUGUGA